AUGAGUUGUGUUGACUUUGAAAUUUUCAGUGAAAAUAGACAAGGUGAUAUUCGUGCUAAUGUUGCUCAAAGAAUCCGAGAUUUGAGGAUCAAAGCGGCUGGUGGACAAUCAAACGAGGAGAAGGAUGCACUUGCAACAUCACAAUCAACCACAACGCCAGUGACUCCAGUAACGUCAUUUACUUUGGCAAAGAACAACACUCCAGCAGCUGAUUCAGAAGAAACCGUGAGCCGAUCUACCUUGUAUAAGCCAGCAGAUGUGCUUGGUCUCUACAGAAUCUUUCCUCAAAAAGUGGACAUUGUUUCUGACGACUCUACCAAGGAAGGUAUGGACAAUGAUAGUGCUGUUGCUGGAGGUGUGGUAUGUAUAGGUAGAGGCGCUUACAAGGAGUAUAUAAGUGGUCUCCAUGAAGGUCUUCUUGGACCUUUGGUCAAACCGGAAGCGAUUGCCGAGGAAGAAGCCAAGAGAGCUGAAGAGCAUGCUAAUGAUACAUCUUCCAACAAUGGAGAUGAUGACGAUGAGGAAAAAAAUCUCAAACCUGUUGCUAUGAAAUAUAUUAGCGGAAAAGAAUAUCCGGAUGCGCCACUUGCGCCAGAAUUCGACAUGAGUCGGAUUGUACGUAACGAGCAAGGUGUUCCUGAAUUUUUUGAGCAACCAGUGUAUGUUUUCCCAGUUCCCAAAGUGCAAGGAUUUGUCAAUAUUCCAACCAAGAUUUAUCGCUGGUUCACCAAGAGAUUUCUUGCCGAUGAUUAUGGAGAUCGAGCAGCACAUAUAGUGAAUAUGGAGACUAGACCAUUUGUAUAUAAGGAUAUCUUGAUGGCUGGUGAGGAAGAGAUUGACUGGCCCAAGAAUUGGGUGAAGAAGGGGUUGGAAAAGAAGUCUGAGUGGGUACAAGAACUUGAAUACGAUGAAAGGGUAACUUCUCGAUUACGUGUUUUUGAUGACAAGAAGUGA